GGCGACUUAGGCAAAUAUAAAUUAUCAGACAUAAAUUAAUGCAGUUGAAUUUAAAUGAAAAUUUAUCUUAGUAAGUUCAUUAGUGUAAAUUUAAUUGAAUGAAACCAAAUUCAACAUGGAGUUGGCAAAGGAGAGAUUGCUGCCGCAAGGAUACUACGGAGGGUUGCCAGAGGAAGUUGAUACGUCGCCUUUCAAAUCAACUCUGAAACUGCUCUAUGCCGACAAAAGCUACAAGAAAGCUAAGGAGGGGUUUAUCACCAGGCAGAUUGACAACAGGAAGGACGUUAUAUUCGAGAAGAACAAUUGGGAGGAUGUGAAAUCGUGUAAAUUGUCCCUCCAAAAACGAGUGAAAAGGGCCAACAGGGCCAUAAAGGAUAGCAAAGUAUCUCUGUCCCGCUUUCACGGGAAAAUUAAAGACCACGUAGUUCUCCAAUUUGAACUGGCUUCUGAAAUACAAAAGGUCGCCAAAGAGAAGCAGAGAAGCAGCAGACUGAGAAACGAAAUCGACUCACACAUCAAAGAACACGCAGAAAAGUUCUCGAUCUUCUUGGACAAUGUGGUAGAAAUCUCUCCGGACAUCAACAACGUGCAAGGCGUCCUGGAAAGUUACCGAACUUUGGAGCACUGCAGAAGCGAGUGCAAAAGAUUGCUGACCGACGAGAUGAAAGGGAUGCUGGAAAUGAAGAGAGAGCUGAACUGUAUCCUCGAGGAAAAAGUUGGCUAUUUCAAGAAACUCAAAAAUUCCUUAGCGAUGCUGACAGUUCGCAAGAAGAAAGCAAAUGACCACUUCAACUACUGGGAUCGCACUCUUAAGAGGUUGGGUUCUUACAUACAAGCGAGUAAAGAGCAGUCCUUCGUUUUAAAACACGGAUGUUACGAUCUCUACCAGACGAUGUGCCGAAGAAGGGAAAUAACGCCGUCCAUAAAGAAAGAUAACAUUGAGGAUCAACUCAAAUUCAUAAGGGAAACCAUUGCACUGUAUAAAGAUGUGCUCCGUGUCGCGAUUACUGUCAAGAAUAAUCAGGCAGCUACGCAGCUUUUAAAAUCCAGGGGACAGUACAGUAGAAAACUAACCCUUAUUUCUGGUAUUUUGGAUGGAAAAACAAAUAAAAGCAUGUUAUUUGGUUAUGUAUUCUACUAUACUUCUGAUACCCUUUCGUAA